UCGAAGAGGAAUAGUGUCGCGUUUCUGUAUGCAAAAAUAGCGCAAAUUUUGUGUAGAAACCCAACUCGGCACAGUGCAAAUUGUGGUAACGUGAGGCCGCAAGCAUUACGCACAGAAUAAUCCGUACCCGGUUAUCAGGAUGAGCUCGUUUAAGCGAGAUAACAAGGAGGAAGAUGACGGUGGCAAUCCAUGGCAAAACCUCGAGAAAACGUCGGUGCUGCAAGAGACGCGAAUGUUCAACGAGACACCGGUGAACGCAAGGAAAUGUACACACAUUCUCACCAAGAUACUGUAUCUGCUCAAUCAGGGUGAGGUGCUGGGCACAAGGGAGGCUACGGAGUGUUUUUUCGCGAUGACUAAACUGUUCCAGUCGAAGGAUGUCGUGAUGCGGCGCAUGGUUUAUCUGGGCAUCAAGGAGCUCAGCCCAAUUGCGGAUGAUGUUAUCAUUGUAACGAGCUCGCUGACGAAGGACAUGACCGGCAAGGAGGAUCUGUAUCGUGCUCCGGCAAUCCGUGCCCUGUGCAGCAUUACGGACAGUACAAUGUUGCAGGCCGUUGAGCGUUACAUGAAGCAGUGCAUUGUCGAUCGGAAUGCACCCGUAUCGAGCGGCGCACUCGUCAGCUCGCUGCAUCUGGCCAGUACGGCCGGAGAGGUCGUAAAGCGCUGGGCAAAUGAAGCACAGGAAGCUCUUAAUAGUGACAACAUAAUGGUGCAGUAUCACGGUCUCGGUUUGCUAUACCACAUCCGGAAAGCGGACCGGCUCGCAGUAACAAAGCUGGUGAACAAGCUGACACGCCAGCAUCUACGCAGCCCGUACGCUACGUGCUUUUUGAUUCGCAUUGCGUGCAAAAUCAUGGAAGAGGAAGACGCGAGCGGUAAUGCGACAGAGGAGUCGCCGCUAUUCAAUUUUGUCGAGUGCUGUCUGCGCAACAAAUCAGAAAUGGUGGUUUACGAAGCGGCCCACGCUGUCGUCAAUCUAAAGCGGACAAAUCCACGGGAACUCUCGACUGCGGUCAGCAUUCUGCAGUUGUUCUGCGGUUCAUCGAAGGCCACGUUACGUUUUGCAGCAGUGCGUACGAUGAACAAGGUGGCCAUGUUGCAUCCACCCGCCGUCAAUGUGUGUAAUCUCGAUCUAGAGGGGCUGAUCGCGGACUCGAACCGAUCGGUGGCAACACUCGCUAUCACUACUCUGCUAAAGACGGGUGCGGAAAGUUCGGUUGAGCGGUUGAUGAAGCAGAUUGCAACGUUCGUGGCGGAAAUUUCGGACGAAUUCAAGCUUGUGGUUGUGCAGGCGAUUCGUUCGCUGUGCACUAAGUUCCCCCGAAAGCACGCAGUCACAAUGAACUUCCUAAGCGGAAUGCUGCGGGAGGAAGGUGGUUUGGAGUAUAAGACAUCAAUCGUCGACACGAUCAUCCUGAUUAUUGAGGAGAAUCCGGAUGCGAAGGAGGCCGGUCUCGGUCAUCUGUGCGAAUUUAUCGAGGAUUGUGAGCAUACAUCACUGGCAGUGCGAAUUCUGCAUCUACUCGGCAAGGAAGGCCCUUACUCGAAGUGCCCGUCGCGCUACAUUCGCUUCAUCUACAACCGGGUCAUACUGGAGAAUGCGACCGUACGGGCGGCGGCAGUCGCUGCAAUCGCACAAUUCGGCGCGUGCUGUCCGGAUCUGUUACCGAACGUACUGGUGUUGCUGAACCGUUGCCAGAUGGAUUGUGACGAUGAGGUGCGCGAUCGGGCCACCUACUAUUACACCAUCCUGAAUCAAUCGAACCCGGACCUGAACAAGCGGUUCAUUGCCGACCAUGAGAUCGUAUCGUUGCCACUGCUGGAAAAAUCACUGAACGAACAUCUGAAGGGCUCACUGACGGAGCGUUUCGAUCUGUCGAUAGUACCGAAAUCGCAGGUCGUCCAACCAGAAGUAAACGAGGAAGUAAUGAUCAUGAACAAAGCGGCACCAAAAAUUGCUCGUGUCAAUCGCGAAGAGAUUAACACAGAGAAGCUGCUCGCCAUACCAGGCAUUCAUCAUGUGGGCGCACUGCACAAAUCCUGCGCACCGGUCCAGCUGACCGAGAGCGAAACCGAGUAUACGGUGUCCUGCAUCAAGCACUGCUUUGCGCAUCACAUCGUGUUUCAGUUUGAUUGUGUCAACACGCUGUCGGAUCAGUUGCUAGAGAAUGUGCGCGUCGAUUUGGAGCUUCCGGAAGGGUUUGUAUCGCGUGCCGUCAUUCCAUGUGCGAAGCUACCGUACGGUGACAAAGAAUCUACCUAUGUUAUCGUGCAAUUCCCCGAAGACGUACCCAGCUCUAUUGCCACACUGGGUGCUACACUACGCUUUCUGGUGAAGGAUUGCGAUCCAGCAACGGGUCAGCCGGACUCGGACGAAGGUUACAACGAUGAGUACAUACUAGAGGACAUCGAAAUAACCGUUGCAGAUCAAAUGCAAAAAUCAAAGAAACAAAAUUUCCUUGCCGCGUGGGAAAGUGCCGAUACAGAAGAGUGGGUUGAAGCGGAAGACACAUUCGAGCUGUCCACAGUGAACAGUCUGCAGGAUGCCGUCAACACGAUCCUCAAAUUCCUCGGCUUAGCUCCUGCGAACCUAUCCGAAAAUGUCCCUGAUGGAGCCCAUACGCACACGUUACUUUGUUCUGGAACGUUCCGUGGUGGAGUAGAAGUGUUCGUCCGUUCGAAGUUGGCCGUUGCUGAUGGUGUUACAAUGCAGCUGACAGUACGAUCGACGGACAUGGACGUUGCGGAAUUAAUUACGUCCGCGGUAGGCUAAACUUGUGCGAGUCCCCGAACAGAAACAGCCGGACAAUAUCGAGCACCCCCUGUCUCUCGGCUUCCAUUUUGCUACUGCUCCAAUCUCUCUGGUUUUUGUCUGUUGACGAGGACGCAUAGCAACCGAUGCAGAAAAUGUAUUAUGGAUACUAGACCGGUGGGGUUCACUCAUAUGAACGCUGUUGCUGACGAUCGUUGUAUGCUAUUUUUUCAUUCCGUGCGUUAUAUACAAGAAUGAGCCUCCCGUCUGUCCGUUUGCUCCAGUAGAUGACGGGUAGGACGGGGACUAUCCACGUUGCCCCCUCUUCCUUUCACGCACUGGAAAGCGGAUCAGAUAGGUUGAAAGUGUGGAAUAUAUUUUAACUUACGUUACUAUUAACAAAACAAAGCGGAAGGGAAGGAGGUACGAGUAAACCGUGUCGCUAUUUAAAAUAUUUACCCGUAAUUUGCAGCUGGAGGUUUUUUAAAUUGCUUUAUGUUUUCAACAAACAACACCAAAAGUGAACACACGAACGGAAUGUAUUGUGAAGAAAGUGCUUAUUGUUAUGCUAAUUUUUUUUUUGGUGCAGUCUUCUGUUUGUCGUGUUUUGCUUUAUUUAUCUCAUAAUGCAUCGAGUUGCACACAGAUUCGAUAGAGACGAAUGUAGUUGUAAGUUUCAAAGUCUCUAUAAGCCGACCCAACAACCACAACACAGAUUCGACGCGAUAUGCUGAACCACACACACACACAAACACCUCCACAUGAAAUUUCCCUUCCGGACACGUGUAUGUGAAUAUGUAUUAACUAGUGUAAUAUGAGUACCACUGAAACAAUAAAGAAACACGGUUACUUUUGUUUUCUUUACUCA